UUGGCGGGGUGUGGCUGCGUCCCAGGGCGGGGAAUCGCAUAAUGGCGGACAGGGGCCGUGUAAGCGCGGCUGGGGGCGUAUCGCUUUGAGGGGGGUCCUGCUGUGUGGCAGCCCGCGAGGCGGUCCGCAGGAGCAGACCCCGUGUGGAGACUGGGCGGCGGACCGGCCCUUCUUGUCGCUGAGGGCGACUGCAGGAGGCCAGGUUGUUUUUCAUCAUUCAGAACAUUGCCUGAAGCAGGUCCACCAUGCCGUUAGUAACGAGGAGCAUCGAGCCAAGGCACCUGUGCCGUCAGACGUUGCCUAGCGUUAGAAGCAGCGAGCUGGAAUGCAUGACCAACAUCUCCCUGGCAAAUGUCAUCCGACAGCUGGGCAGCCUGAGUAAAUAUGCAGAGGACAUUUUUGGAGAGCUCUUUACUCAGGCAAGAACCUUUGCUUUUCGGGUAAGCUCCCUUGCUGAGAGGGUUGACCGACUACAAGUUAAAGUCACUCAGUUGGAUCCCAAGGAAGAAGAAGUGUCACUACAAGGAAUCAACACCCGGAAAGCCUUCAGAAGCUCCACCGUUCAAGACCAGAAGCUUUUUGACAGAAAUUCUCUCCCAGUGCCUGUCUUAGAAACAUACAAUACCUGUGAUAAUCCUCCCCCUCUCAACAAUCUUACUCCUUACAGGGACGAUGGAAAAGAAGCACUCAAAUUCUACACAAACCCUUCAUACUUCUUUGAUCUUUGGAAGGAGAAGAUGCUGCAGGACACCAAGGAUAUCAUGAAAGAGAAGAGAAAGCAUAGGAAAGAAAAGAAAGAUAAUCCAAAUCGAGGGAAUGUAAACCCACGUAAAAUCAAGACCCGUAAGGAGGAGUGGGAGAAAAUGAAGAUGGGACAAGAAUUUGUGGAGUCCAAAGAAAAGUUGGGACCUUCUGGGUAUCCAACCACGCUGGUGUACCAGAAUGGCAGCAUUGGCUCUGUUGAAAAUGUAGAUGCAAGCAGCUAUCCACCACCACCACAGUCAGACUCUGCUUCUUCACCUUCUCCUUCCUUUUCUGAGGACAACUUGCCUCCCCCACCGGCAGAAUUCAGCUACCCAGCAGAUAACCAAAGAGGAUCUGGCUUGGCUGGACUCAAGAGAUCCAGUGUGGUCAGCCCAAGCCACCCCCCACCAGCACCUCCUUUGAGCUCUCCACCAGGCCCCAAACCUGGGUUUGCUCCACCGCCUGCUCCACCACCUCCACCUCCAAUGAUGGGGGUCCCACCUCCACCACCACCUGUAGGAUUUGGGUCUCUAGGGACCCCUCCACCACCUUCACCCCCAUCUUUCCCACCUCACCCUGAUUUUGCUGCCCCUCCCCCUCCUCCCCCACCACCAGCCACUGACUAUCCAACUCUGCCACCACCUCCCUUGUCCCAACCAACAGGGGGAACUCCUCCCCCUCCUCCUCCUCCUCCUCCCCCAGGACCCCCUCCUCCCCCUUUCAGUGGUGUGGAGGGCCAGCCUGCCAUUCCACCACCACUUUCUGAUGCCACCAAGCCCAAGUCCUCCUUGCCUGCUGUGAGCGAUGCCCGUAGUGACCUGCUUUCAGCCAUCCGUCAAGGCUUUCAGCUGCGCAGGGUUGAGGAACAGCAGGAACAAGAGAAGCGGGAUGUCGUGGGCAAUGAUGUGGCCACCAUCUUGUCACGUCGCAUUGCUGUUGAGUACAGUGACUCAGAAGAUGACUCCUCUGAGUUUGAUGAGGAUGACUGGUCGGAUUAACUCUUUCUGCCUGCUGCCCACCUUUUUCUUUUCCUUCUUCGAUGCCUAACCCAAUAGUCCCAUGGGGGGAGAAAAGGCAGGAAAAAAAGAAGUUCAAGGGGCCAAAUCCUUCCCUGAAGCAACCAAAGAUAUAUAUCCAAGUGCUUCCUCCAAAUCAACAUGUAUUUCCUCUCCCCAUUGUCAGGCCCUGCAGGGCUCCACAGUAACUGGGAUAUUCCUUCUUCCCUUCAAGUGACUGUUGGGUAUUGAAAGGAAGGAAAAACCUCAAAGCAACUCCCUUUGGUUGAGUUUCAGUUGGGGAUGGUGCCUUCCCCUAGGAGCUAUAUUCAGCUGUGGUCUUCUUCUAAGAUCCUUGCCCUUAGCUGCUUCAAAUAAUGUCAGCUAUCUCCUGGUCCUAAAGCAGUGAGACAUAGACACAGCUAGCCCUUUCCUAUGCAUUGAGAAGGCAGAGUAGGCCGGAGGCCCUGAUCAGCAUAAAGGGACUGCCUUUUGCUAAGUGAUUUCUCUGCCUGGGAUGCCCUUUAUUCCAGGAGGCAAAAAGCCUCUUAAAAAUGUCUCUGCCCCUCUGCUCAGAAAUGAUGACUUUCUGAAGGUGCCUCCCUCUCAAUCCCCCCAUGUUGAGUAUGAUGUUCAGGUGUCCCUUAAAUGCCCCUCCCUCACCUCUAGGUGCCUUCAAGCAGCACAGCUGUUUUAACCUCUAAUAUCCAUGACCAAAUUAACCCCUGACACACAGGGCCCUGGGCCUCUGCUGGCUGUUAGGAGCAAAGCUUACAGACUUGGAACACAGAACUGGAAGAACAGUAGAAUUCCUUGGGUCCUACCGUCUUAAUGAUGCUGAGACCUGGAGCUGAGAAGUGACUUACUCAAGGUCACACAUUUGGAUAGUGACAGUGAUAGAGCCCAGGUUCCUGAUUCCAAGUCACCUGUACUUUCUGGGACCAAAUAAUGGGCCCCUGCUGGAGUCUGGGCAGUGCUGUCUUGGCUCUGUGCUAUUCCAGACUGCGCCAUAGGUGGGGGCCCAGUAGGAGGGUUCGGACCUGUGCCAGCCCUGUCAGUGCUUCUCAGACCCUCCUGGCCUCUCUCAUAAUUCUUUGUUGUCCCUUUCCUAUCACCAGCCAACCACAUGGCCUUGGGACCUGCCCUUCUGGGAGAUUGUAAGUAGUGAGAGAAGGAAGGGGGUAGGCAGCUUUGACAGGUGCUGUUUUCAAUUCCUUUGCAACUCCUCCCCUUUUAUUUCCCCAAUUUAAGCUUAGGUUCUGCCAACUGUGGAAACUUUAGUCCCUCAGGCUGGCAGCCAUGUAGGUAUCUGCCUGGGGGGGCCUGGCAGCCAUGAAGCAGGCUGAAAGGCAGAGGGACUCUAGGUCCUGUCUCCAGCUCUCCUCCACCCCCCUCACACUGCACACAGUGAUGAUGUUCUGUCCCCGUCCGUUCCCGCCCCCCACCCCCGCUUUUAACCAGUGCUAAUACACAGGUGCUAUUAUUCAGAAAAAAGCUGGUCAGCUCUGGCCAACAGUGAGGUUUCUUCUCUUCUGCCCUAACUAUUGUGUAGCCUCUUAUGCUGAAAUCGGCUUCUCCUGGCUUCUCUGGCUUUCAGAGCCCUGAAACAAAGAGAAACAGGAUCUGUCUCUACUCAGCACAGCAAAUGGUUGUAGUAAUUGCCAAAGCCCUCGUAAACCCCUCCGGCUUCAGGAGAAUGUGUAUAAUCAUGGGUACUGCCUCUGUGCCCUUGCUGAAUGCUUCCCCUCUGCCUUCUUUCCUGGAACUAAGGACACAGGCAAUGUAGGUUCCAGAAUGUCUUCUUGCUAUGGCUUCUCCCAAGCAUGCCCUCUUCCCUCUCUGCAGAUUAGGUGUCUUUGGCACAGGACUUGGCACCUGAGACACCAGGCUAUGGGGGCCCCCCAACUUGUAUCCCACUCUGCACUUGGGAAGCUAUGGGAGUAUAGGGGCUUUCAUCAGAACCCUAAAAUGGCUGUUGAAGGUGCCCGGGCUACAGCCCAGCAGUAGCUGGAGAGGCAGGCAGAGGGCAGUGGUUUUUCCCAAAUAGGAAUCCUGGGGCCUGGCCAGGCCAGGGUUUGGGCCUAAUGGCUUUGACUAAAUUGCCCCCAUCCACCUCCUUUCCGGAAAAGGGGGAGCCAGAGCCACUCACUAUCAUUCUGCUCUGACCUUGAAGGGGGUGGUAUUGCCCUGUCUUCUGGAAUGGGCAAAGUCCACUGUGGAAAGAGCUGGGGGCAGGAGGAGGUGGGGAGGGGCACUGCCUGCAGAAGGUAGGAUUAGAUCAUUAGCUCAGUGACCUCCUAGGGUUUCGAUGUGCUGUGUUCUCAUCCUACAGCUGGUUUGGUAAUGAUCUGCAAGUCCCGGAGAGCAACAGCACAGCUCUGCCUGACGCUCUCAUUAAAAUCUAUGCAGCCAAGCUCGGCGCUUUGUAGCAGCCGGCCUUGCGAAGCCUCCUCAGCUCGGGGGGCUGGGGACCCAGUCAGCCGAGAGGCCCUCUGGGCUCUACUUAUGCAUAUAUGCACCAAAAAAAAAAUUGCUUCUUUAAACCCAGAGCCCUUUAGGAUGAUAAAGGACCCAAUGCAGGUAAUCAUUGUUUUUGGAAUCCUGUAAUUGUAGAAUGUAAAGUUUAGUGAUUAUUUAAACUGGGCCGAGGCAAAGAGUAUAGGAACAAUGGCCCAUAAGGACUGUUAGCGCUGAAACCAAGGACCCUCCUCCCUUCCUGGUUUGCCCAGCCCAGGGGACCUGCCCCCAUUCCUGUGGCCCAGGGGCCCAGCUUCCAGUCAGCAGUGUCUGAAGCGACUUGUGGCUUUGCCUUGGUCCUGAGAUGGGUACAUUCCAAAAAAGCAGCUGGGGGAGGGAGGUGGUGAGGCUCAGCAAGCUCUUGAAGACUCAGAGCAGCCAGCCCAAGCUCUAGCUCCUCCAGUGGAAGCUGGAGCGCCCUCAGCAACGACCCUGGCCAAUGUCACCGCAGAGCUGAGGCGGUGUUGUCAGGGCUAAUGUGAAAUCUCUUCCCGUGGCGCCGAUCCUCCAACUCUGCAGCGCCAGCCUGGACAGAUUGAGGUCUCUGUGGCUUUGGUGACCCUGCUUAAGCAUUCCCACCGUGUGUCAUCUCUACUCUAGGAUUGCCUCCACUGCAGCCCCUCACCUGACCUCUGGGCCUGGGGAGUUAGGCGGUGCUCCAAGGCCAGGGAGCUUGCUCAUGAGAAAUGUCAGGCUUCCUGGGAGGCAUCAGGCUUUGAGCUAUGGGGGGGCCAACCUCCCUGGGACCAGGUGUUACACAGAGGUGUGCCUCAUUCUGUGCCUCCUGCGACGUUCACUUCUAACAGUGCCUCAGUGAGGGCUAGGGAACAAUUUUGUUGUAUUAAGUUUAUUCAGUUAAUUCACUUGAGAAACUAACCAGUUUUUACAUUCUGUCUAGAAUGAUGUACAUGUAGGAGAGUAAGCCAUAAUGUUCCCAAAGUGCCUUGUCUUCUCUAAUAUAAAUAUAUUUAUAAGGACAUAUUCCAGUGGGCUCUUGGGUGUCUUUGCCACAUCAAGAUUUUAGGGAGUAGGAGUAUAUACAGUGGGGAUACACUGAAAACAGGCCCCUUUCCCCGAGGGUGGGAAAGGGCUCUUCUAUUGGAGUUGAAGAGAUCUGAGCAGUGGGGUUAAGCCAAACCCCUAAACUCUUUCCUCUUCUGCCCUUUUCUCAGACCCAUAGAGGACAUCCAGUUUUUUGAGGUCCUGUGGCUUCAAGCCUGGCUUCAUUUGCUUGCUGCCAGGCUCUUGUGUGUAACAUUUGUACCACGGUGACCUGAAAUUCCCAUGUAACUAUUUUAUGUAUACACAUGAAUACUUAAAUGCCAACAUCUUAAAUCAUUUGAUAAAGUCUUUGUAGCCACCCAGUCA